AUGAAGCCCGAGUCUCGGAAUGAUCUCGAGCACUUUCGCGCCGAUCCCUGGUGCGCGAGCCAGCUCUCCGCUCCCAACAUCGUCGUCGCCACACCGGACGGGCGAAUCGCGAAGCCCGGCGACGGGGAUGCCUUGUUCGCCCGCACGCUCAACGGCCCCGACACGAUCGCGGCCUACCUAACCUUCUACAAGGAGCCUCACCGGAAAGGGACCCUCAUUCCCCAGAUCAGCUCCUUCCUCACGCUGCGGCCAGGCCUGAACGGAUGGCCCGGCGUCUGCCACGGAGGCAUCGUGGUGACCAUUCUCGACGAGGUCAGCGGCCAGCUCAUCGAGGUCAACAAGCGGAACGGUGCCAUUCCGUACCCCAUGCUCAUGACCGCCUACCUCAACACCAAUUUUAUCAAACCCGUCCCCGUGCCCUCCACCAUUCUCGUCAGGGCCAAGGUCACGAACCUAGAGGGGAGGAAAUGCUACGUUGAGACGGUCGUCGAGAACCAGCAGGGCCAUGUCCUCGCUUCUGCGGAGGGCUUGUUCGUUGCCGUUAAAGGAAAGUUAUAG